AUGGAGUUUCCAGAUCUUGGAAAACGAUGCACACACAAGGACUGCGAACAAUUGGAUUUUUUGCCAAUCGAAUGCACUAAAUGUCAAGGUGUAUUUUGUAUGGACCAUUCAGAAUUCUCCAAUCAUUCUUGUUCCCAUGUCGAAAAUACAGAAAGCCGAACAAAACAAGUAAGAAGUAUUGGGUAACCGAUAAUACUUUUUCUUACAGAUAUAUAGGUAUACGGGGUAAUCAAUUUGGUGCAAACAGCUCUACAAUUUUACACUUUUGUUAUUUUUAGGGAUAAAACCACUACCUACUUAUAAUUUUAAAAUGAUACCUAUGUUUAAAAUUCUACUAAUAGAUAAAGUAUUAGAUAAAAUAAAUUUUGAUAUUGAAAUUUUUGAUUUCCAUCAGAUCGUUGACAAGAUAUGUAUGCCACUUUUCAGUUUAGGUCAGUUUAGGGAGAGUAGUGAAGAAUCAUUUUUCGCACGGCAUGCGGUGUUUUAAUAAUGCACAGUAAAAUUACCUUCUCCUGACCCAAAUUUAAAAAUAAAAUAAUUUGUCAACAGAAUUACGGAAAUAAAAAAUGUUAACACCAAACUUUAUUUUAAUUAAUACUCAAUUUAUUUAUGAAAUUUUAAGUACAGGUUAUCAUUUAAAAAAUGGUUUGAAAAUCAAAAAUAUAUAGUGGUUUUAUAAUCAAAAAUAAGGGCGACGAAAAAUAACAUUAAUGUAAAAUUUUAGAGCUGCUUUUUUCUUAAAUUUUCUAUAAAAUAAUUUUGGAAAAGUUAAUCAUUUCUGAGAUAAUAUGAGUGUUACCCUAGAUUGAUCACUCUGUAUUAUUUAUGGUAAACCAAGCAAUUGCCUAAGUAGAAAAUAAUACAAUUAAAAACUCAUUCUACCUUAAAACUAGUACACAUGGAUCUUAUCGUUCAACAGAAGAACAAAGUAUUAUCAUUAUAUUUAUUUUGCUGGAAGUUAGUUCAUUAGUUGUAUGAUGUAGGGUAAAAAUGGUGUUUUAUGACGUGUAAUGCAAGAAGGGACUUAAAAUAAAUGACAACAAAAUUAAGGAGUUUAUAACUCAUGAAAUGAGUUUUUUAAGAAAAGUAGUGUUAGUUAGGUGCUGGCAAUCAACACGAGAUAGGAGAUUUAGUUAUAAGAGGAUUGGCUGAUGUUCGUGGGGCAAGCACUACCUUUUUGAAACAGGCUUUAAAGUAUAGACUACAAAACGUCUUCUGGACACAUACAUACAAUCUGAAAAAUGCCUAGCUACCAUGUCUUGGAUGUCUCAUACAACUGAGUCAUAUUCCAAAACUUGCCACACAAAGGCGCAACAAAAAGAAUUUAAUACAUUUAUCUUCUUAAACUUUUUGGAUUUUAAAAAAUGUUCAUGUCUUGAAAAUAUUGUGGCAUGACAGUGAAAAAUGAUUAGAAUAUUAAAUGUCUUUGCCAGAGGAAACUUGGUUGUUUAAAAGCACUAAUGACUGCGUUGCAAUAUUUUAUUUAUUAAUUGUCUGAUUUUAGGCGACAACUUGGUACGAAUGCACAUUCAAUGGUUGCAAUACAAAAUAUGGCUGUGAAAUGCAAUGUAUUAAAUGCCUUCAACAUUUCUGUCUCCUCCAUAGACAUCAUGGCUGUUUUGAUGAACUCACAACAAAAGAGACAAAGAAACUUUUAAGAGAAGCAGCCAAGAAAUCUCAAAAUCAAUUUUCAAUUGUUAAAGAAGAAGCUGAUAAAAAGGUACCUGUUUGAAUCUGAAUCUUCAUUUUAAUUAUAAUUGAUAAUUUCAUUAUUUAUUUACAUAGAUUGAAGCUACGCUACGGCAAGCAGAACUACAACCUCAAAAGAAAGGUAUGGUCCAACAAAUUCGUCUAAUGAAACUCAAAGGGAAAGCGUUGGGUGACAAUAAAAUACCAAUGUCAGAUAGAAUUUAUUUUUCUAUCCAUCCACCAUUCAAAAACAACCAAAUUAUUCCAGCUGUACCCUUAUUUACUAGUAAAAAUUGGACAAUUGGACGGACUAUAGAUUUAUUUGCUUCGCGAUUGAAAAUUGAAAAUUCAAAUAACAAACUCAAUUCUCUUAAACUACAUUUAUUCAAACUUAAUGAUGGUAAACACAUAUCAGAAACAAUGGAACAUGCAUUUUCUGAUUUGAUUUCAAAGGAGAUUAUUAACAAUGGCGAUUCGUUAAUUCUUGAUUAUAUUAGCCCUAAAAUAAAACCUGAAAUAGAAUCAGACAAAUUAUUGCAAUACCAACUCUCAAAUGUAUAA